UUUUCCGUCCAGUGUCGGAGUAACAUCGUAAACGAGGACCACCUGACGGUAAGUCCGGACUAAAUGGAAGCAGCGGAGAAAACUCUCACUUACCGAGAUGACACCGGACUUCACAGCAACAAGCUGCUUAAACAUAUUAAAAAGGAGGACAGCGAGGACCAGCACACGGAGACAAACUGCGAGGAGUCUAAUUAUGUGGAUCUGGACAGGAGACCCGACGGGCUGAAGACGGUGAAAGUGACUUUCACCGGAGAGGGGAACCAGCUGUCUGUGAUCAAAGCGGACAGCUCGAAGCAGGAAGAGAGCAAAACCGCCUCGGCCGAGUCCCUGCUGGAAACCCUGACCAAACUCCCCACCGCAGACCCGGACUCAGAGAGCGAGAAGCAGGCUGAGUUGGACUCCAGCGAGUGCAGCGACAGCGACGAGCUGCGCUACACCGACAUGUGUCUGAACGGCAAGAGCGACCCCGAGCUGUCCGAGUCCCACUACAUCACCACGCACGAGAUCCAGCUCACUGAGCUCGACCACGACGUGGACUACGACCUGGGCCGCGGGACCCGCUGGGAAUUUGAGGACGGCAACCUGGUCUACGCCUUUGUGGAUUACGCCUCUUUCGAGAGCGACGACACCCGGGAGGGCACCCUGAUCGUGGAGCGCGGCCGGAGCCAGCCGAAGGCGCAGUCUAAUCUUAGCGGGGCGGCUGUCAGCACCGAGCAGGAGGAGAGUGAUCUGUGCGCCAGUUCGGAUGAGAGCCUGUGCAGAACCCAGAGUGGCGGUGACCCGUCUGCGGGGAAGAUCCACCUGUCGAUUAAAACCUCCUCCAGGGCGGUGAACGACCCCGCAGGCGUGUUUGACAAUAGCGCGCAGUGGUGCGCCAAACACCUUGGAGAUGGGAGCCAUUUCUCUUUUGUGAACCCUGGCGCCAGAGCGGGGCCCCCGUGCGAUAGGAGUCAAUAUUUCAUCCCGGCUCCGGGCCGUCAGCACCUUGCAACCAAACUGAGACGGAAAGAUAUUAAUGAGUAUUCCAGCGGAGCGUCCAGCUCUAUCAGUGAGCUGGACGACGCUGAUAAAGAGGUGCGUAACCUAACCGCCAAGUCUUUCCGAAGCUUGGCAUGUCCAUACUUUGAUGCCAUCAAUCUCAGCACUUCCAGUGAGUCAUCCAUGUCAGAAUAUGGCCUGAAUAAGUGGUCAGCUUAUGUGGACUGGAAUUAUGGAAACAUUUCACACAAUACCUCCAGUACUUUCCCACUGGAAAUGAAUAAGACAGUGCAGGAUAGUAAGAGGAACAACAGAUGCAAAACUGGCAUGAAAGAUCAACAGACAAGAAUCUGCGCCCUGAACAAGAGAAUUACUUCACAGCAGACAUCUUCAGGCAGAGCGCUCCAAAUGAAGGAACAGUCAGCACAGCAAGGGGUUACACUAAAUUUUCACUGUAAUGUUGAAUCCAGAACUCCCCAGGGCUCCAAGUGCUUCCAAAAGGAUCGACCCAAUGAAAUGUUGGCCAGAUCGGGGUGUGAGAUGCAGUAUCAUCACACAGAUACCUCGGGGGACACACACAAGAGGGCUAUUUUUGCCUCGAGUCUGCUGAAAAAUGUCAUUUCCAAAAAAAUGCAAUUUGAACAGGAACGCAAAAUGGAGAGGGGAGAAAUCUCAGACACUUACCCCUCAGGCUCUCCCUGUAUUCACUUUAGAGAUCUGGAGGGCGUGAAGGAGAGGAGUGAGAGCAGAGGCUUGCAUGGGCAAACCUCAGAAUUAAGAAACUCUAUGAACUCCCCUGAAGAUCACAGAUCCAGAGCCAGCUCCUGUGGGCCCGCAGAGGAGACAAAGGGUGACAGAAAGGCUGCCGAUUGUUCAGGAGAGCAUCAGGAUACACCACAGGAGCCACAGUCUGGGAAGGAGACAGACUCAGCAAAAGAAAGACUGGACUCCAGCAGCGUUCUGACGAAGCUUCUGUUUGUUCCAAACUGCCAGCUUCUUUCAAAAGACGGAAACCUGGCAGAGGGUUUAACCCCCAGCACACCCGCCACAGGUGCAAAGACAUGCGAGAAAGACCUGCAAAAGUUGGAUGAUAAAAAUGCAGAAAGUAAAGAAAAACAUGAGAGGGUGGGGAAAGCACCUGAGAUCAAAAUCUGCCUGAGAAACGUGAAAGAAAACAAAGGCUGCACUCUGAAUAUUGCAAAUCUCCUAACACCCAAAAUCAGUAGCAACAUCAACAAAUACAGGGCAGCGGACAAUGGCAGGUGUCACAUUUUAUCCUCAGGAGACAAGGCUCCGAGUUUCACCGUCAGAGACAUCAGGGACACAAAGUGCAAAUUUCAGACACCAAUAUAUCACGUCAGGGAUGUGCGUAAGUUAGUGAAAAGCUCGUAUCGUUUUGUCUCUUUGAACAGAAGUGACCGUAGAUGUUCCACAGUGGCCGAGGAGAAAACUAAAGUGGAUCCAGAAAAACCAUCCCCCAUUGUGAUCAAAUGCAACUCUGUUAAUACAAACAUUAAACCAGAUUCAGACGACACAACACGGGCACAAGUGGAGGUAGACACCAGGCCUGACACCUCCUGUAGAGUUGCCACUGUUACGCCAAGACAAGGAAAUCCCGAUCAACUUGAGACGCAUCAAAAUCUUGAGGCCAAACUGGAAAAACAGAGGCAGGAUAAGUUCACUGGGGAGACAAAUGAAAGGAGAAAUGACCCCACAAUGCCAAAACAGGAUGCCCUAGAAAAGCUCAAGGCUGCAGUUAAAACCAUGGAGCAGCUUUAUGUUUUUGACAGGAAUGAAUGGAAGCGUAAAACCCAAGCCUCUCACCCUGUCGCAGACAGCCACGUGCUGCCUCUCCUCACCAUGCAGGAUCAGGGAGCUGCAGAUGAGCAGGAGGUGAAAAACAGUGGCAGGACACCUCAGUCUCUCACAAACGGCAAAGAAAUUCAGAAAAGCCAAGGAGAUAGAAGAUCUCUGAAUAUCAUUCAUGUUCCAUACAACCAUGACGCUUUUAAAACACAAUCACCACAAAGUAAAACCUUCACCAACAAAAGUGUCCUGCAUUUUGCCAAUAAGGAACACAGCAGCAUAAAUGCACAAGAUUCUGCUUUGCAAGCAUCCUCGGUAGUGAGAAGCUCCAAAACGUCGACGAUUAAACCAGCAUCUGUAAAAAUGGUGGGUAAGGAUAAGGCCAAAUCCAGUUUCACAGAUCCCACCACUACAAAGGGUUUCCUGGACUCUGAGAACUACCUAACCAUGCCAGGGAUUGGCUGCACGAAUGAAACCAAGCUGCUCAAUCAGAAGGGGGAUUCAAGUUUUACCAAAACAAAUUCAGGUGAUAGCAAGGUGCCAGAGCAAAACAGGUCAAAUGUAACCACGGACUGUCCACCUGCAACUAUCUACCACCUUCCAACAGCAGCGACAAGUCCUCAAAAUCAGCAGCAAGUGUUACGCUUCUCCCCCUCCAUCAAUAUGUCCCCAACCCCGUCUGGAGGAGAAAUAGUCCCUCAAACCCAGCGCAAGAUGCUCCUGGACCCCACAACUGGACAUUAUUACCUGGUGGACACGCCCAUACUGGCCACCACCAAGAGACUUUUCGAUCCAGAGACAGGCCAGUACGUGGAUGUCCCCAUGCCUCACUCACCCAUCGCGUCCGUCACACCCGUACCUUUUUCAUUACCCCCCCUAGCUCUCGCCCCCACCUACUUGGUCUACCCGGGCUUCAUCUCUCCUACGUUGGCAGCCCAGGCGGUAAUGCCACAGUCCCCCUGUCACUCAGAGGAUGCAGCAGGAGAAAGCAUCAAAAGUAAUCAGAUGAGCCCAGGUACAGAGAAGGCUUACUACAGCGCGACGGCAGAGGCUCAGCAGGGGCCGCUUCAUCUGCCGCUGAGUUUGGGAUAUGUGUCCACUAAAGGAGGGCCUGGAAGCUCUGACAAAAAGGCACUUAUUAGCAUCACAACACAGCAGGGUCCAAGAAUCAUCGCUCCACCCUCGUUUGAUGGGAAAACUAUGAGCUUUGUGGUUGAGCAUCGGUGACCAAGAGGACUUCUCUUCAAAUAUAUAACUCCGCUGAGGAAUCCGCCUUCAUUCACUGUAAGUGGAGUUUUCAUCCUGUGACCCGCUUUCUGGACAACUUCCACCAUCAGCCCUUCACCUGUCUCUCUCUGUUCUGCUGUUUGUUUUUGGGGUUUUUUCUGUAUGCAUUGUAGCACUUUAUAGAUAUGAAUCGUAGAGAUACUUUCCAUUCAGGUGCUGUGUAGAUUGGUCUGUAUUUAAAUGCCAUGUGUGCCCUGCAGUCUAUUCAAAAGGAAACAGUCACAAUAAAGUGUUAUUUACGGCCAAUCUGUUUUAUUAAUACGUUUAUGGUAAUAUGUAUUUAAAGUUAGACUGUGUUUAUUUGAUAAAACACAAUUUACUCACAUGAGUAAAAUUUAUGUACAUAAAAAAAUAAAAGUAGCAUCAUUAAAGUCAGAAUGUUUGUUUCUAGAACAUUGUAGUCUGGUGUCGCCUGACUGAGUCUGCUUGAUGACAAUAAAUAUUAGCUAUCUAGGCCAUAAUGCCAUGGCUUUUAAUAGAGGUAUUACAAAGGUAUAACUUAAUACAAACCAAAUUUAUUGUCGAGACACAUUUGUUUGUUAGCUUGUGCUCUCAUCACUAUUUUAUUGACAGUUUGCUAAAUACAUAUUUAAAAAAAAACAUUUCUGAUUUCAGCAGAGAAAUUGUAGCAAACUGGAAGUUAAAUGUUUCUCUUCCUGGUCGAUCCGUUAUUGAAGGUCACAAGGGAAACAGAGUCAAUCAGAAAUUGUAAACAUUCUUUCUGGGGUAUCCUGCUGUCUGAUGUUACUGACAUCCUGGAGCGAUCACAUGUUAUCACCUUGUUGCCUUAAUGUAUUGAUAGUGACCUAGAAAAAAAAAUAAUUUGUGUAUUUGUUGUCAAGGAUAUUCUAAAUGAAGUACAGAUUGUCCAUUUGAAUGUGGCUUAAAUAAAAGAUAUAGGGUUAGGUAUUUAUUAUCAACAUUCUAAUUAUCUUUGGAAUAACUAAAAUCAGUAGAUUGCUACGAUGUGCAUUUAAUGUGAAUGCUGGGAUGUUUGGAAAAUGCACCAGCAGCCUUUGGCGGUAUAUCAUAGUGGUGUGGUGGAAAAUUAACUAUUGGAAAGCCAAUGACAACUCUAAUGUUGGGUAGGGUGGCAUACCAGACCUUAUAUCCCACCCAUAUGUUUGUAUUUUCUAGCUUUGACCAAUAAGUAGAAAAUAUCCAGAGCAGUUGACCAAGUGCAGCAUCUUUACUUCAUUUGUUGGUGGUUUUGACAAGUUUGGAAGCAUUUUAGUACUGUAUUUUCCAUUUGUUUGGCAAAAAUACAAUUGUUGAAGUACCAAGACUUGAACAUUUUGAGGUUUCUCACCAACUAAGACUGCCACUUCUGUUCUAAUAUCUAUGUGGUCAAAGUUUGCUGAGUAGCUAAGUAGAUUAAAUGCUGAGAAAUAAGUUCUUUUUGGCUUGUGAUGCUAAAUAAACAAAUGUUUCUAGUGUGAAGACUAGAAACCUGAUUAUGAAUAGGUUUGGCAUAACACAUUUCUGUGAUUUGAGCUUUACCUAAUGAAUGAUGACUAUAAGCCUAGGCACCAGUUUAAUCUCAUAAAGAUAAUAAAUUAAGGAUAAAUUUGAUAUUUUUGAAAGAAACUCAGCUUAAUCAUCCUUCAAAAUAAAACUCUGGUCUUUCAAGAUUAAGAGAGGCUGGUGUUAGAGUUUGUUUCUUUAGGCUGAUGUUGACUGAGCAUAGAUAUAAUUGUAUAUAUGUGCAACAAUUAUUACUUUUUUAUGUGACACAAUGGCUUAAUGCAGACAUGGUAAGUUAUUUUAUUGAGCUGAGUAGCUUUAAGCAAAUCAUCUCUCUCUGUUGGCACACAUAUAUAGAUAAAUAUAAUUCUGACCUAUCAAUAAUAUCUAUCGGGCUCUUGUUCAGAUUCCUGUGGAGGCAUUCCUGACACAUCCAAGUAGAAAUAAAAGAUCAGAGGAUGGGCCCAGAAUACCCUGAAGGAGUUGCAUACCCUGUCCUGCACUGGAAUGUCUCAAGGUCCUCCAGGAAAAAAUGGGAAAUGUUGCUAAAUGGAGAGAGUCAUGCUAGCCUACCUGGACCAGCAGAGGGGGGAAAAGUUCGUAUUAGCGCAUGCUAAUACAGUAUCAGUAUGCCAAAGUGUAAAAUGAACUUUGAAUCCCCAAAAAGUAAUGACUGCAAAGUCUAAAUGGAUAUGGACUUGUUAGAGUUGUCUUAAUAAAAGAUGAGAUCGUGUGGAUUACUGCUGGGUAAAAGUCCUCUAAACUACUUUCAACAGUGUAGUUUUCCAUUUAAAAAGGAUAUAAAUACUUGUGAUUUUUCACACUUAUCUGAGGAAAGGGACCAUUUACUGAAUGCUGAAUCACUCCAGACCUUCCGCUGCAGUGUGUCUGGCACCACACUGGCACUCCAUAUGCAAUGGGCCAUAUGGUCCAUUACGUAUGGACCAGACAUAAAUGUAAAAUCGUUACAUUUAUUUUCAAGUAAAUAACAGUCAUAUCAAAAGAAUCUGGUUUUCCUUUGUGUGCUAUCACUAAACCCUUCCACAGUAACUUUUUGGCAUCAGUCAGCUUUUUUGCUGACAUCAACUCCUUGUCGCAUCCAGUCAAAUGCGUCUUAAUGCCCACCAGCAUGAUGUAUAAAUGAAGUGUUUUAUUAUGAUUAAUAAUAAUAUUAUUUCCUUAAUGCACACCUCUUGUUUUUACUAGUGAGGUGAGAUGAGUAACACUAUGCAUGUUGCUCAGAUGAAAACAGAGCUACGACUCAGAUUUAGCACUGAGCUCAGGUCACUAUAAGUAGUGUUGGGCCUAAUGAGUCGGAGCCAACUGAGACAUUUACAGGAUAACUUCCUCUAUUUGUCUUGGUUCAGUUUACACUUUUGUGUAAUGAGAUGGGAGCGUGUGUGCUUGCGUCUGAAUGUGUCCGUGUUUGUGGUCGUGAGCUAUGCGUGGCAUUCGAGCAUUCUGUGAGCACAACGAGGAGUUGCGUUACUUCCCUGCAAACAGGAUCACACAGAGUGUACAUGUGUGAAGCGUGUCUUUACGAUUAGCACACACUGUAAUACCAGGUUUUAAAGACACUUUAGAGCGAGCUGUUUGGUGCAAAACUGUAAUUAGAAUUACUAUCCAAAAUGAAUUAAGUUUUUUUUUUCCCUCCCUUGAUCCUGUCUUUUUCUAUAUUUAAACAAUAAUAUUUUGAUUCUUUUUAAUACAUUUUCUGUCCUGUUUCCCACUGAACAUGCAGCAGGGCCUCAUUGGUCUUUGUGCUAACAUGAACCAGCAUCCCUCUGAGCAUAAUACCAACUGUAGAUUUGCUAUUUGCAGAAUGUUGCGAAACUAAGCACAAACUAAAAGGUAUUUGGAGCUGCUGGUCAGUCUACUUACCUCCAUUUAAAAUACAUAUCAUUUCCCCAUCUCGUGCCCUAAAAGUUUAUUUUACUAAGAUUAGUCCAGGUUUUGAACACAUUUUGUUAACUUUUCUGAAGGGUUUUCUCUCAAGAGCCUAAUUGACAGUGCAAUGUUUGAUGCAAUUUGAGGUGCAUUGUAGCCGGAAGCUGUUGGGGACAGUUUAAAUCAAGCUACUGAGACCUAAACAACCUGUAAGAAAAUAAACACAGAUCACCUGAAAACUUGACAAAGCGUUUCCAGUGUUGGAUGACUGAAAAAAAUUGCAUUUCUCUAAUUUUUAAGAACUUUUAAGCUUAUUUUACUGGAACAUGUUAAAUUUGAAAUGUAAAUUUUAUUUCUUUCUAUUUUCUAAAUAUUGCACUUGGGCGGUCACCAACAAUGACAGCACUAAAUGUAAAGGGCUGUAACCGUGGGUGACAAAAGCACUAUUGAGACAUUUUUAUUUACCAUUUUUAUUCUUUAUAUAAAGAAUAAGAUGCAGGUUAUGUUAUACAGUACCUUCCAAAAGUAUUGAUACCUUUGGCCAAAAUAUUUUGUUGGAAUUUUAUGUGAUAGAUCAAUAAUAAGAUGUCCAUAACUGUGAAAGGGAAUUAAAUGCUCCAAAAUAAUAAUAAUACUUUUUUUUUUUUUUACAAAUAAAUAUUUUUAUUGGUGAACCUUUGACCCGUCUCAGGUCUUUUGCAGCCUUCGACAGGCUUUCUUCCCAAACUGACCUGUCUUUAGCUCUAUCCAUCUUCCCUGUUGUGAAAGAACAGCACUCCCACAGCAUGAUGCUGCCACCACCAUGUGUCAUGUUGAGGAUUGUGUGUUCAUGAUGAUGUUGGUUCUUCAUCACACAGCAUUUUGCACAACAUUAAGGCUAACAUUACUAACAUUAAAUAUAGCAACAAUUUUACUUAGGAAUAGCAGGACAAAUGAGGAUGUUUUGGUUGAAUAACCUCUUUUAGCCCUCUCCUAUUGUUUGAAAAUAAUGUUUAAUUUUCCUCAGACCUCACAAUUAUGUGUUCCUUUGCAUUAAUCUAUCAAAUAAAAUCCUAAUAAACCUUUCAAGGAUGUGGUUGUGAUGUGAUGAAAAGAUAAAAUAGGAUGAAUACAUUUGCAAGGCUCUGUAUGUUUUGAAACUUUGUCAAGGAGAACUUCAGGAUCAUGGCAUUGUGUGUGAAUGACACAUCAACGCAGGAGCAUUUCUUAUUUUUUGCUUUCAAAAAUGAGGCAUACAGAGAGGAUAAUCUGUCUGAAAUUGGUGUCAUAGCUGAGUUAAACAGCAUAUGAAUCAUGAAUCAUAAAUGGUGACGGUGGUGUUCUGUACUAUUCAUGUGCCAUGUCAUGAUAUCUGACGGGAUUUCAGGAUUAAACAUGGGAAAAUGACACUAUCAGUGUUUUGUAUAGCGGACGAGGAAAGUGUUAAGGUGAGAUGGUCUGAGAUAUGUGCAUAGAGAAGGUUUAAAAAUAAGUCGCACAUGACUGAACUCUAUUCUGUUGAAUUGAUGCCAUCAGUGAUUUAAAACUGCCGUCUGUGCCUGUGACGAAGGUAAAGGUCAGGAUGCAAAGUAAAGGGACUACUUUGAAAGGGGAAAUUGAAUGCAAAUUUUGCAUUUACUGUACCAUUCACUGUACUGAAAAGAAUGAGUGUGAUGGUUGGAUGAAAUGUAGACUGAUACAUCUACAUUUGUUUGCAAUAAAUGUUAAAAUGCAAGACA